CAGGAUCCUUAUCAAUCAAGAAUGCUUGAACAGUUUUAGUGAUAUUUAUCUUCAUCACCUUAGCAAGACCUCCUCUGAUCACAAAGCCCUACUUUUGGAGUGCAUUAACUCUACUUAUAAAGGACCCAAACCCUUCAGAUUCAUUAAUGCUUGGACUUUGGAUGAUAGUUUUUAUGUAAUGGUAAAAAAUUAUUGGAACUCUAUCUCUAAUGGUAGAGGAAUGAGGGGUCUAGCCAACAAGCUCAAGGGUCUUAAAUUCUGCAUUAAGAAAUGGAAUGCUAACCAUUUUGGCAAUAUUUUUACUAAAGUCAAGGAGGCAGAAGAUGCAGCUAUUAAAGCACAGAAAAGGUUUGAAUCAUGCAACACAGAUGAUAACAGAGAGGCCUUUCAUCUAGCAAAUGCAAACCUUCUCAAGGCAUGCAAAACUGAAGAAAACUACUGGGCACAAAAGGCAAAUAUCAAGUGGCUAGCUAGUGGUGAUGCUUCUACCAAAUAUUUUCACUCUCUUGUUAAAGGAAAAAGAAGGCAAGCUAGAAUCAGAGAACUUAAAGACCAUUCAGGGAAGGUGCUGCUAGAUCCAGACCUUAUUGCUAAUUACAUUUCCAAUCAUUAUGAAGCUACAUUCUCUGAGGACUAUAUUGGGAAUCUGGGGGACAUCAUUGCUAAAAUUCCAACUAUUAUUAAUGACCUAGAUAACCAGUGUAUCACUACUCUCCCUCUCGAAGAUGAAAUCAAAGCAGCAAUAUGGCAACUCAAUCCCAACAGCUCUGCAGGUCCUGAUGGUUACAAUGGAGAAUUUUUCAGACACUUUUGGGAUAUCAUCAAGGCAGACCUUAUCAGUGCCACUAAUGAAUACUUUCAAGGCAUCCCCAUUCCCAUGGCUUUUGGAAGUACUAAUAUCACUCUUAUUCCCAAAGUGGAGGGAGCUAGAGAAAUUGGUGACUACAGACCUAUUGCUCUAUCUACCUUUUUUAAUGAUCUUAUUAUCUUUCUUAAGGGAGACCUUAGGAAUAUCCUAAGAUUCAGACACCUUCUGGAUAGCUAUCUUAAGGCUUCAGGACAGGAGGUUAAUAAAAAGAAAAGCAGGAUUUUCUGCAAGAAAGGGAGCAGAGGUUUAUAUACUAGCAAGCUGGAAGAUACUUUAGGGUUUAAGCAAAACAUCUCUAAGAGGAUUAUUAAGAAAAUGAUUCAACAUUGGGAUUGCUCCGCCACACAUAAUAUCAUCUUUCACCGCAACAUCUAUUUCGUGCGCUAUGAUCCCUGGAAUCACCUUGCGUUCUGCUUGACUUUGCUGGUCAAUACUAUUGCUCCUCCACUAGAGCGACAGAUUGGGGGAGCUUUUGCCUUUAUAGUGGUCCAAAGAGGUGAUGGUGUUGAAAUCCCCUCCAAGAAUCCAGGCUUGAGUCUCUUUUUUGCUGUGAGCAGUGAGGAUUUGAUCUGUUUCAAAGUGGUUUAUGUAGUUGAAGCAGAAUUGAGUGGUUCUGAGGAGAUUGAGGAUCUUUUGAGAUGGGCAAAUCUUCAUCCGAGAGAAGAUAAAUUACAAGGUUCGGUUCAAGGUGAUUUCAAGGGCUGUCCUUCAGUAUCCUUCACACCUGAAGAUAUUCAGAAGCUUUCCAGGAGAUUCACCAAUGCUCUGAUUGGUACAUUUGCUCGAAGGCCAGCUUAUGCAAUCUUGAAGAACUUCUUGCAGAAGCUUGGUCUGCAGGGGGAAUUUUCAAUUGGAACACUAUCCUUUAAUCAGGUUCUUAUUAAUUUUCAGUAUGAAGAAGAUUAUCAAAGGGUGUUUCUUAGACAAACUUGGUCAGUAGGUAAUCAACUUAUGGUGGUUACCAAAUGGACUACUGAUCACACAGAAGGGAUUGAUUGUCCUGUGGUUCAAGUUUGGGUUAGCUGCCCUAAACUUCCCAUCUUUCUUCAUGAUCAGAGAGCCCUUUCUAUAUUAGCUUCUGCUUUAGGAAGGCCACUUAAAGUGGAUGAAAGCACCCUCAGGUUCUCUAGACCAGAACUGGCUCGUUUUUGUGUGGAAAUUGAUGUCUCCAAGCCACCCCCUUCUAAGAUUCAUAUCAACCUGGGAGGGAAAGACUUAUUUCUCCAACUGGUGUAUGAAAAUAUUCCACAUUAUUGUUCUUCAUGUUCAAAACUGGGUCACUUGAAAGGUCACUGUAGGAAUCAAGAGAGGGAACUCAAACAACCAGUCCAAAUCAGAGAAAACAAGGGCAAAGAGAUAAUUGGAGAAAAGUGGACUGUUAUUACCUCCAAAAGAGGUGGGUCUGAAGCUGUUUGGAAAAGAAAACUGGGUCCCUCUUCUGGUCCUGGGGAAUGUUCCAAUUCAUGUGAGGCACAACAACUACAGGACAAGGACAAGGACAAGGAGACCCCAGUGCCAGUAGUACAAUGUCCAGCCCCUCCAACUUCAGCUCCCACUUCUGCUCUUUUAGACCCUACACCUCCUCAAGGCCCAGAAGUUGUUCCAGACAGUGAAGAUGAUCUUAUUAUCUUUCUUAAGGGAGACCUUAGGAAUAUCCUAAGAUUCAGACACCUUCUGGAUAGCUAUCUUAAGGCUUCAGGACAGGAGGUUAAUAAAAAGAAAAGCAGGAUUUUCUGCAAGAAAGGGAGCAGAGGUUUAUAUACUAGCAAGCUGGAAGAUACUUUAGGGUUUAAGGUGGGAAACCCUCCUUUCAAAUACUUGGGUUCUACUAUCACUCAGGGUAAACUCAAAAAAACUCACUGUGAUCAUAUUCUUCACCAUUUUGAUGCUUAUAUCAACAAUUGGUAUAGUAAAGAGCUUAACCCUAUGAGUAGACUCAUUCUUAUCAAGCAUGUCCUAAGUGCAAUUCCUAUGCAUACCCUUGCUGUCCAAGAUCUUCCUAAAUCCAUUAUUAGGACCAUACAUGGCAAACUGGCUAACUUCUUCUGGGGGAGCAAGCAAGGAAGGAACCAUUACCAUUGGGCCAAAUGGGACACAUUAACUAGACCCACUGGAGAGGGAGGUCUAGGGAUCAGGAACUUGGAUGAUAUUCAGAAAGCCUCAGCUUUAAAACUUUGGUGGACGUCUCUUACAGGGAAUUCUCUCUGGGCCAUAUUUAUGAAGAACAAAUAUGCAAGGGAAGGAACUUUUGAGGCUAAGAUUUAUGACUCUGCUUCUUGGAAAAGAAUCUGUAGAAUCUCUCCUAUCGAGGAUCUCAAGGCCAUUUUGACCAAGUGGAGCAAGGAUGAUUUUGGUAAUAUCUUCCAUCAACUUAAGGAGGCAGAAUCUCGAGCUAGCAGGGCCCAAGACCAUUUCGAGGCGAACCCAAACCCUGAAUCCUUGGUUGAAUUCAAUAAGUCCAAUGCUGAACUUCUCUUGCUCUCCAAAAGAGAAACUGAUUUUUGGAGGCAAAAGUCUUGCAUCAGGUGGUUAAAAGAGGGGGAUGCUAGUACAAAAUUCUUCCAUAAUGUGGUCAUAAAUAGGCGCCAGAAGCUUAGGAUCUCUUCUCUUAAGGAUGACCAUGGUCCGAGAGUGAAGCCAGAAAUCAAAGCUAAUAUGCAAAGAGCACUUCAUAUGAGAGAGGGCAAGUUACCUUUCACCUACUUAGGGGCAACCAUUGGAAAAGGGAAAGUUAAGAAGGAAGAUUGUCCGAGAGUGAAGCCAGAAAUCAAAGCUAAUAUGCAAAGAGCACUUCAUAUGAGAGAGGGCAAGUUACCUUUCACCUACUUAGGGGCAACCAUUGGAAAAGGGAAAGUUAAGAAGGAAGAUUGUAAGAAAAUUGUCCAACAUUUUGAUGUCUACCUUAAUACCUGGCAUAGCAAGGUGCUCAACCAAAUGGGGCGUUUAAUCCUAAUUAAGCAUGUUCUCAGUUCAAUACCCUUACACAUUGUUGCUGUCCAGCAAAUGCCUAAAUCUAUCCACAACAUUUUGAACAAAAAGAUGCAGAACUUUCUAUGGGGAUACAAAAAUGGGAAGCCUAAAUAUCAUUGGAUAUCCUGGAGAGGCUUAUGCUACCCAAAACAUGAAGGAGGUCUAGGCAUUAGACACCUGGAAGAUGUAGAAGCAGCUUACUCAACCAAACUUUGGUGGAAGAUUAGAAACUCACAAGGUCUUUGGGGGGAAUACAUGAGGAGAAGAUACAGGCCGGAUUCUUUUCAAGAACAUCCUACAGACACGCUUACUUGGAAAAGGGCUGCAAGGAUCCAUAACUGGGCCUUACAACAUGUCCAGGAAGUGGAUGAAACCGACACCUGGGAGGGUGAGCCCUUCACCACCAAGUUGGCAUACCACGCCUGGAGGGAUUCUAAGCCUAUCUCUCUUGCCCAUAAGAUGAUUUGGAACAAGCUUCAGAUCCCAAAGAUCAGCCUCUUCAUCUGGAAAGCUUUCAAUAAUAUACUCCCCUUCCCGGAAACCUUAUCCAGGUUUAACCUUGCCCUUCCUUCCCAAUGCAGCUUCUGUCUCAACGGCCCACAGGACCUCAACCAUACCCUCUUCCAGUGUCAAAUGUCCUUCAGAAUUUGGAGGUUCUUCUCAGCUCUAUUUGAUGAUCCCAUUCCUAGUAGGGAAGAUACCCUACACGAUACCUGCAUGAAAUGGUGGAUUAGCACGCCAAGGAACAAGCUGCAGGAUAAAAUCACCUCGGUCCUCCCUGGCUUCAUUUCAUGGGGAAUACGGAAGGCUCACAACGAAGUGAAAUACACGGGGAAAGCCUUCAAAGAAGGGACUACUAUCGCAACAAUCAUGAAGACGAUACAACAAUGGAUAUGGAUUCACAAAGGCAAGAAAUGGAUGCAUAUGGAUGAAACGUUGAAGUCCUUGAGUUUUCAUUUGCACUUUAAUAGAAAUAACUCUCAAUGCUUUUCUGUCUUUAAAAAAGCCAUCACGGAAAUCCCUGUACUACGUGAAGAACAAAGUGUUUUUACUAACGUAAAUCUGAGGAAAAGGAAAGGGACUGAGAAGGAACCAAUGUUUGGGAGAAAAAUGCAACUGAGAAAGAGAAAGAAAGGGAUACUGGGAGAAAAUGCUGAGCAGGAAAAGAAUCAAGCUCAAGAAAAUCCAAUUUCACAAGAAGAUGAAAUGCCGAGCAUUGAAAAUAUUGACCAAUUAAACGGUGAGAAGGUUUUGGUAGCAGAAGUUGAGCUCGAAGGAAACACUGAUCAAAGGACUUCGAGAGAUGAGCUAAACACUGACCAAGAAAUUGGUGAAGAUGAAGUAAACACUGAACAAGAGUGUAGUGAAGAGGAAGAAUGUGCUAGGAAGAAGAAAAGUGCAACAGUGGAAAGAAAAGGUAAGAUGCAAUACAAAGAGAAAGAGAAAAAUAUACAAAGAAAGAGAAAGAAGCGGAUGCGGGGAGAAGAAGGAGAACUGAAUAAGAUUGGUGUGAAGUCCAUAAAGACAAGGAUGGCACCGAAAACAAUAACUGAACUGUUAAAAAAUCUGAGUGAAGAACAAAAAGAGGAUGUUAGGGAAAUGGGGUUUUGUAGGUUGUUACAGUUGGAUAUCACGCAUCUUCCUCUGCAGUUAGGUUACUGGCUGGUGGAAAGCUUUGAUACCAGAAGUGUUUCGCUGAUGUUGCCAAGUAAAAAAGAGAUUCACAUUGAUGAGACUUCCAUUCAUAGCACCAUCGGAUUUCCAAUGGGAGGAGAAAGUGUGAUGAAAAAGAAUAGAGAGAAAUCUGAAGAAGCAAGAGAAGUGAUGAGAGCUUGGAAUUUACAAUUUGCAGUUCAGAAAGGGACAAUUAGAAUAGCAGAUGAUGUUAUAAAAGCAUUUGCUUCAGCCAUAAAGAAUUUGGCAGAAGCAAUAUCUACAUUUGAUGAGAAGCUUCAAGCAGCUGUUCAAGUGUUGCCAGAUGAUGAAGCAAUGAAAAUGCUGGUAGAGAGGGUUUCUAAUCUGCUGGAUGCUAAUGUGGGAGGUGUGAUAGAAGAAAAUAUUGAGUUGGAAGCAAAUGUGGGAGAUGGGGGACAAGUGACAGAAGCUAUGGAAGCUGUGGGAGAUGUAGAACAUGUGACAGAACCUACACACACAGAGAAUGGAGAGUUGCAAGCAGAUGUCGGAGGUGCAGGAGAUGUGGCAGAUGUGGCCAAUGUAAAAAAUGGUCCAAGUGAAGACCAGAUUCUUGACAUGGCAGUGGUAAAAAACAAUAGAGAAGCUGAGCUGAAUAAAAAAGGCAAUCAAGAUGAAUGUCGAGAAAGAAUUGCAGAAAGACAAAAGGGUAGAAAGAGAGAUGUUGCACUUUCAGCUACACUAAGGUCGCCAUUCAUGAAUAGAAUUGUAGGCAUAAGGUCUACCUUGACAAUUGAAGAGAGAAUGGUGGAAGCGUUCACAUUUUCAGUAGACAGUGAUGAGUAAGUUAUUUCAAUUAAUUAUGUGCAUACUACUAUUUUUUAGUGUAGCACUCAUUCUGGUAUCUCUUAAUGUUCAUUAAUCUUUACAGGAAAACUCAUUCUGGUAUUUUCUGGGGAUGAAUUUGAACUCAUUCUUGAUGACAUGGAAUACUUGUGAUUUCUUAUUUGUAUCAGUAAUGUGCUAUACAAGGAAGGUGAUAGAGCAAUCAAGAAAGGGCACUUCCAAAG